AUGGCCUGGCCAAAUAUUUUUCAAAGAGGAACUCUGCUCUCCCGGUUCAGCCAUCAUCACGUGGUCGUGUUCCUGCUCACCUUCUUCAGUUACUCGUUGCUCCAUGCGUCAAGAAAAACAUUUAGCAAUGUCAAAGUCAGUAUCUCUAAGCAGUGGACCCCAAGUGCUUUUAACAAGUCAAUUGAAUUACUGCCUGUGGAGAUUUGGAGCAGCAACCAUUUGUUUCCCAGCGCAGAGGAAGCCACUCUUUUCCUCGGAACGCUGGACACCAUUUUCCUCUUCUCCUAUGCCGUGGGCCUUUUCGUCAGCGGUAUCGUCGGGGAUCGGCUGAAUUUGCGAUGGGUUCUGUCUUUUGGCAUGUGCUCUUCUGCAUUAGUGGUGUUCGUCUUCGGCACUCUCACGGAAUGGCUGCAUCUCUACAACAAGGGGCUGUACUGCGGCCUGUGGAUCGUGAACGGCCUGCUGCAGUCCACUGGCUGGCCCUGCGUGGUUGCUGUUAUGGGCAACUGGUUUGGGAAAGCUGGGCGAGGGGUUGUCUUUGGUCUCUGGAGUGCCUGUGCCUCAGUGGGCAAUAUUUUGGGCGCAUGUCUCGCUUCAUCUGUUCUUCAGUAUGGUUAUGAGUAUGCCUUCCUGGUGACGGCGGCCGUGCAGUUUGCUGGUGGGAUCGUCAUCUUCUUUGGACUCCUGGUGUCACCGGAAGAAAUCGGUAUCCCAGGUAUCGAGACAGAAGAAAAUUUUGAAGAAGACUCGCACAGGCCGUUAAUUAAUGGUGCUGAAAACGAAGAUGAAGCUGAGCCUAAUUAUUCAAUCCAAGAAGGCAAUACUGUGACCCAAGUGAAGGCAAUAAGCUUCUUCCAGGCUUGUUGCCUUCCUGGAGUUAUAGCGUAUUCACUGGCCUACGCAUGCUUGAAGUUAGUGAAUUACUCCUUCUUCUUCUGGUUGCCCUUUUAUCUGAGUAACAACUUUGGAUGGAAGGAGGCCGAGGCUGACCAGCUGUCCAUCUGGUACGACGUCGGAGGAAUUAUAGGUGGAACGCUGCAAGGCUUCAUCUCUGACAUGUUACAGAGGAGAGCGCCGGUGUUAGCUCUCAGUCUGCUUCUGGCCAUCGGGUCCCUGGUUGGAUACAGUCGUUCUCCAAACGACAAGUCCAUCAAUGCGCUUCUGAUGGCUGUCACAGGAUUCUUUAUUGGUGGACCUUCUAAUAUGAUAAGCUCUGCUAUUUCUGCGGACCUGGGUCGUCAGGAGCUGAUCCAAGGGAGCAGUGAGGCUUUGGCGACCGUCACUGGGAUCGUUGAUGGAACCGGGAGCAUUGGAGCUGCAGUGGGCCAGUAUUUAGUGUCUUUGAUCCAGGACAACCUGGGAUGGAUGUGGGUUUUCUACUUUUUCAUUCUUAUGACAAGUUGCACAAUUCUGUUUAUUUCACCAUUAAUAGUGAGGGAAACAUGCUCUCUUAUGCAAAGACGACAAACUCGCGUAUUGAAUGAGUGA